CCGGAAAGACAAACAAAGUUCUAAGUCACUUAAAACGUUACAAAAAGAGUUUGCAUCAGCACAAUAAGAAGCUUGACACUUUUAAUGAUCGGCAUUAGUGAAUGAAUGCAGUCCUCAGCAAUGAACAAGAAAAUCAAACCUUUUUGAGAGACAAAGCAAAAACAAGGGCAUUCUGCAAAUUAAGAGACAGCUGAGCGAUAGCGUAACCUUGAUAAUACAUUGCUGUAAAAUUAGGAGCCCCGCCAUAUUGGUCGCAAAGACGAUGAAACAAGAUUCAAACAGAAAGGGGUGUGCGUGUAUAGCCAGUUUCCCUUGCUGCCUUGCUCUAACAAUUUGGACUACAGUAAUAAGCACGAAGUAAUCCACAUUCCUUUAGUCUAGACUAACAUAUCUUGCGGGUAUUACAAAGAAGCCCAAGGAUAUCUGCUGUACUCUGACGUGGUAUGCUCCAGUAGCUCAUGAGAAUUGUCUCCGGCAUUUAUAUGCAAAACAGUUUGACUCGUCAAUAUGGCAAUCCGAGCAGUACCUGCUGAUGUGACCGCAUUCCUUUUAGACAUUGAGGGCACCACUACACCAAUUACGUUUGUUAAAGAGGUUUUGUUUCCGUACAUCGAGAAAAAUGUGAAGGACUAUUUACGUGCCCACUGGAACACAGCCGAGUGUCAAGAAGAUGUGAAGGAGCUCCGACUCCAGGCUGAAGAGGAUUCAAAAUCAGGCCAUGCAGUCCAUAUCCUUUCCAGUCCUAGGGAAGAAGGUCCUCUUGAGCAAACUAUGCAGAAUGUGGUAGACAAUGUCCUCUGGCAGAUGUCUUUAGACAGAAAGACAACAGCAUUAAAACAGCUUCAGGGUCAUAUGUGGAGGACUGCUUAUGCAAGUGGGCAGCUGCAAGGCGAAAUCUAUAGUGAUGUUGCACCAGCAAUCAGGAAAUGGAGAGAAGCAGGAAACAGGGUGUACAUUUAUUCCUCAGGGAGUGUGGAGGCACAGAAAUUACUUUUUCGGUAUUCUACAGAAGGAAACUUGUUAGAGCUUUUUGAUGGCCAUUUUGAUACUCAAACUGGGCAGAAGGUAGAAAGUGAAAGUUACAGAAAGAUUGCCCAAGUGAUUGGCUGCUCUGUAAACAAUAUUCUAUUUCUCACAGAUGUCACCAAAGAAGCAAAAGCUGCAGAGGAAGCUGGAGUCAAUGUAAUGGUGGUGGUGAGACCAGGAAAUAUAGAGCUUACAGAGGAAGAAAGAGCUCACUAUGCCCAAAUAAGCUCCUUCUCUGAACUUGCGCUGUCUGCCUAUGGCUCCUGACAAGAGCACAAGCACUAGAAGUCAUGUCCAAGAGGGCUUAGUUUAAAACUAAAUAAAAAACAUAUAUUAAAUGA